UAACUUACACUGGCAGAGUGCUCGGUUUUCCUCCAGCGAGCACUUAUUGGGAGGUUGCUUCUGCAUUUUACAGCUCUGCCCAGGCAAAGUGACCGUGGAGAGGAGCAGGAGCAGCCGGAGGGAAGGGCAGCAUCCCAUCCCCAAACCUCCGUGCCCAGCGGGGACAGAAACCCGUGGUGCCCAUCCCAGGCCACCAAAGGACGUCAUCGCCUUCCCAGAGGCUUUAAACGUCAUUAACUGCUCACGUUUGGUGUGGAGAAGAGAAACAAAAUACAGGAUUUCCUGUUCUGCAGCCACCGGACCGGGCUGCAGAUGCCGGCGGGAUUCCAGCGCUCUGAAACAUGUGGAAGUCAAAGCAGGGAUCGCUGAGAAAAUCAGUGGGGAAUAAAAGCAGGACGCUGGCGGCUCCUUAGCACGGCUAUGACCCCCCCGGAGCAUGGGAGGCACAGGAAGGGAUGUGAAGACAAGUCCUGCCACCCCUUCCCCUGGGUUAAACAGACUCGGUGCAAAGGGCACAAGUCCCUCGUGGAUUUUUGGGCAGAACCCCCUCCCCUGCCGUGACUGCCCCAUGAGUGAGGAGACCCUGCCAGGAUGGAGAGCAACGUGUCCUCGGGGAACUGUUCCGACCCCCAGAUGUCCUUCCAGUCCACCCUCUACGCCACCACCUACACCCUCAUCUUCAUCCCGGGGCUCCUGGCCAACAGCGCUGCCCUGUGGGUGCUGUGCAGGUUCCUCAGCAGGAAGAGCAAAGCCGUCAUCUUCAUGAUCAACCUGGCCGUGGCCGACCUGGCCCACGUCCUGUCGCUGCCGCUGAGGACCUACUACUACAUCAACCACACCUGGCCCUUCGGGAGCUUCCUGUGCCAGGUGUGCUUCUACCUGAAGUACCUCAACAUGUACGCCAGCAUCUGCUUCCUCAGCUGCAUCAGCAUCCAGCGGUACCUGUUCCUGCUGCACCCGUUCCGCGCCAAGGGCUGGAAGCGCCGCUACGAUGCGGCCAUCAGCGCGCUGGUGUGGCUCGUGGUGGGGGCGGCCUGCCUGCCCCUCAUCAUCGUCAGGAGCCCAGCCCUGUCCACCUCCAUCAACAGCUGCUUCUCGGACCUGGGCGUGAAGCAGCUCAGCCCCGGCGCGGCCAUCGCGCUGGUGACGGUGGCCGAGCUCUUCGGCUUCGUCGUCCCGUUCGGCACCAUCGCCUGGUGCACGUGGCGGAUGUGGCACUCGCUGCGGGAGGGCCCCACGGCGCUGCAGGACGCCGGCGAGAAGCGCAAGGCCCUCAGGAUGGUCCUCAUGUGCGCCGCCGUCUUCUUCGUCUGCUUCACGCCCUACCACAUCAACUUCCCCUUCUUCAUGAUGGUGAUCGAGAACGUCAUCCGGGACUGCGGCCUGCACCGCGGCACGCUGCGCUUCCACCCCGUCUCCCUGUGCCUGGCCAGCCUCAACUGCUGCCUGGACCCCGUGCUCUACUACUUCAUGACCUCCGAGUUCCAGGCGCAGCUGCUGCGCCACGGCUGCGCGGCGCUGAGGGGACGGCUGGGGCUCCGCCGGGCCGGCGCCUCGGCCGCCGCCGGCGCCCACGACAUCCGCCUCAGGAGGAGGAACCCGCCCCGCCUCAAGUUCUGGUCCCUUCCCAAGUUCUUCGGCCAAAUCAACAGCAUGGAGAUCCCCGCCGUGCCGCCCGACGAGCUGCUGCUGGAGUCCAUCUCCUGAGCCUGGCCCAGCCCUGCCCGUGCAGGGGUUCUCGGAGCUGCAGGGAGGAAUGCUCCGCUCUGCUCUGCAAAUCCCUCCGGACUCAGCCCCGUGUGCUGCACAUCCCAGGACUGAUCCAUAAGGACCUUGUGGUGCCCAAAGGUUUGCUGGUGGUGGUGUUGUUGCUGCUGCUGGGAGCUGUUGUCUUCCGUCCCCUCAAAAGUCAUUGUUGAUGCCAAAGUUUCCCCUGUGCUGAACUGCAGUGGGUUUGGGUGCCCCAUUUCAGGUGUUUCAGUGUUUCUGCGUAUCUGGCAUUUUUGGGAAUCCUUCUGAACCCUGAGAGUUGGCACAGCUCUGUGGAUUUCAGCCCCGAUGCUCACACAGGGCUCUGCAUCAGGACAAUUCAUUAACUCCACACAAACUGAACCCUUUUCCACUACAAAAAUCCAUCACCUGCACCCAAUCCAGCCUAAUCUGCAAGACUAUAACCAAGCAAACAGUAUUAACUUUUAUCACAUCAGUGUUAUAAGGGAGGGUUCAAACAAACUGGACUCAGCUCACGCUGCUGGAAAAGGCACCCAGAGCUGAGCCAAAGGAUCCACCUGGCUCCUGGGAGCUGCAGCUGCUCAGCUGAUCAUGGAAAAUCAAUAUUUGGAUGAUAAAUUAUGAUAGCUAUGCCACAAACAGAGAGGGAGAUGUGCCACCUCCCAGGGCACAUUAACUCACAGAGCUCUGGUGGGAGCUGCAAGAACAGGGACUUGUUGGUGUUUCUUGUGUUGUUAUUUGGAGUCUUGUGUUAUUUGUCGUGUUGCUGACACGUGUGGUUGCACAUGAAGAUGUUAUCCAAACCUUCAGUUUUGCUUUGAACAUCAAAAGCCAUCCCAACCCCCAUUGGGUACUGAGAAAAUUUACAGAACUGACUCCAGUACACCCUGAAAGCUUCAAACUCUGAGGAAAUAAAA